UCGAUUAAAUUAUGAGUGCUGAAAAAGAAACCUACGUGAGACGUAGGGCUUUUAACAAGAUCCACGUCAACAGUUGGUUAAUUUACUUAGAGAGAGAUGGCUAUGUUAGAUGUCCUUUUCAAAACUGCAACUUCAUGGCUUUCGAUGUCAAUGAGAUGUGUGAGCACUAUGGAUACUGUACAGGAGAUAACAGUUCUACAAGUUUUAUUUGCGAAGUCUGCAAUGGUUGUACUGUUUCCAAGAAGAAGCUACAGGAACACCGAGCACGAGCACACAACAUCUCGGUCCCGCCGGCUAAAACAGACACAGUGGCUGAAGGUGAGGAGCCAGAACCUCGUAGGCCCAGUCGGGUGACUUUGUUGUCAUGGGGAGUGUUCUAUGACAAGUACAAAUAUGUCAAGUGUUCCAACUGUCACUACGUGGGCUCCUCCGUCACAGACAUGUGCCGUCACUACUUUGUCUGCAAAAAGGAAAAAAAACUCCUACUGUACGUCUGUCCGGAGUGCAAAGGGCGCUCACGCGAUGUAGCACAGUUGAUCCAACAUCUGGAACAAGCUCACAACCUCUACAAGAGACCCGAUCAGUUCAAUCAUAUAUCUCGCAACAUGACACAGUACUGGGAGAAAGAGCUGCGCGAGGACAAGUUUGCCACGUGUUUGCAUAUCAAUAACAGCAGAGAGCGGGACUGUGAAUACAUCGAUGUGGACUUGCUGGGAAUCAACGAGCACUCCCAGACCUGCAAAGGGCCACAGCAAGUUUUAUCGAAACAAUGGUUUUGUGAAUUUUGCACAAAGUGGACCAGCAGCGAUGAAAAACUAACUAAACAUCAUAUUUUGACACACCACAUAGCCCAUGACUUAGGAGUAAAAGUCGAACCAGAUCUUCCUCAAAGGCUUAUUGAAUCAGAAAAGAGAACCAUAAAUAAUGGUCAAGAUACAACUGUGUCUCGACAAUCCAGUUCAGUUAAAAGAUUGGACCCACAAAGGAAAAACUCCCAAGUAUCACCCAACAAAGAGCUUGAAAUUGAAAUUUCUAAAAAACCAUGUUCAACACCAUUAGUCCACCAAAAGAGUUUGCAGUCGGAAAACUCCCAAGUAAUUUCAAAUACCACCGUGGCAAAGAAGUAUGUUCAAGGAUCGAACCAGAAUGAAAUGCGAAGAGAAAGAGUUUCUACCUCGUCAUCUAGAAGAAUCUUCGUUAAUGUUGAUAGUGAACCUGAAACAAUAGUGCCAGACUUGAUAAUGGAAGAUUGUCCCUUUACUGUUGUGGGCUCAAAAGAUAAGAACAAGGAGAUUUUUCUUGAUUUAGUUGAAGACAAGAUUGUUCCUCGAAAAAGUGCAUUCAAACAAACAGAUACGGAAAGUAAUAUGUCUGAAGAAAAUGGUUUAUUCACUGAAGAUUAUUCAAUUACAAACUUAGAACAGGACAACCAUAUUCUUCCCGAUUAUAUUGUGUCCACCAGUGAAAUUCGGUUUGAAGAAGUAAGUAAUGGAAAUUACUAUGUUAAAGAGGAGCCUGUGAUGUUCAGGAGUAAUACAAAUCACCAUAUUACAUUACAGCAAAGAAAAUCAAAAACGACAAUACUUGAUGAGGAAACUGAUUUGAAAGAAAAUCAUGAUAAAUAUAGGAAAAGUAACACUGAAAAUUCAUUUUGCAGUGAAUUCAAACUCGAUUCAACAAUAACAACUAGCCAAACUACGCAUGAAGGUGAAAUCAAAGUAAUAGAGGGUGCAAACAAAAGUUCAACAAAAGGAAAGAAGAAGGAGAGAGGAAGGAGGUUUGUAAAUGAAGUAAAUGCUGCAAAUGGUGAUGAGGACAUGAGUGGAAAAAUGUCUAAACCUAAUAAAAGUCCCAGCCUUGUCCUUUUCAAAGACGAGCUAUCAUCUGAUGAAGAUGAGAAACCAGAAAAGUAUGAAAACGUUGUUGAAGAAAACCCCUCAUUUGAUUGGUAUUUAGAAAGCCCAUAUAAAAAUAUGCCACCAAAAAGUUACAGCAGAAGAAGGUCAAGCGAAGACAAUCUUGCUAGGAGUUCAGCAAAGGAUUCAGUAAUAGUGCGCAACACAAGUAAACUUGAAACUGGCCUGCAUCAAAGUUCAAGUAUUGAUGACAUUGGAAGAGCAUCUGUCAUAAAUUGUAAAGAAAAGAAGAGUAAUGAAAGUAACUUCACAAAUCAUAAGAAAGCCAUGAGUACUCAAGUGCUACAAGAGAAGACUCAUUAUGUUGAGGAUUCAGAGAAAGAAUCGUCGAAGAACUCUGAAAAGAAUGACAAACUCAUGCUUAUAGAAAUUUCUAGCCCAGCUAUGAACAAAACAAAUUCAACAUUUAGCGAUCAAAACACAACCUCAAAAACUGUUGAAAAAUCCACAUUGUCUGACAGUAGUUUGAUUUCUGCAGAAGUAGUCCGAGAAACGAAAUUGAAUGAUCAAAUUAAGCAUGAUCUUACUGAAGAUAACUCAAUUCUGAGUAGAGAAAUAGAAUCUUCCAAGCCAAAUUUAUCCGAGUGUUCUAGUUCAAAAACUUGCAUAUCUAUAGAAGAACCUAGCGAUCCCAGAGUUGUAUCUUUCUUGUACAGCGGAAAACUUAAGAAAACAAUUUUAUCUAAUGACUCCCCAAAUAGUUCCUUGAGAGUUUUAAAAACUGUUUCAAGUUUAGAGUUUGUAAAUGAUAAACCUAAGUUGUUUAACAAACCUACAGAUUCAGGGAAUCAAGCUGUUGCUAAAACUCUUGAUGAAUCAAUCAAGCAAAUUGACGAUCAAAACUGUUUAAAACUUAGACAGAUGACUGAAUCAAUAAAAAAAAUGAACAUUCCACUUUUUGAUUCAAUCAUUGUACACGAGAAUAAUGUGGUAGAUUCAAGUUCCAUGAUUAAUGCAGUGGGCCCUAAUGUAUUAGAAUUGAAAGUGGGAAGUACUUUAGAUGAAGAAGCUUUGGAGUAUAAGAACCCAGCAAUAAGUGGGAAUAUGAAAUCUAUUUUGGAUACUUCUAUAAUCGAAAAUGAACAUAGCUCUGUGAUAAUCAACCCUGGCACAAAUGAUGACUCGCAAAAAAUUGAAUCGAAAUCAGAAACAAAAUUAGACAAUUCAAAUAUAGUGAUUUCUGACAAAAACUCUUUAGAUGAAGACAACAAUUUAAACAACGAUGAACUUGACAUGAAAGAAGAAUUAUUUAAUGGGUUUCAAGAAGUUUCAGAUAAUGUUUAUUCAAAAAAUAGGCGUUUUCGUCAGUUCAUCACCAGAAUAAGUGAAAGUGAAAAUGAAGAGUGGUAUAUAAAUGCAGGGAAUUUGUCGUUGGAUGUAAGAAAGGAUUUUAGUUUGUCUAGUGACAUGUCAAAGCCUUUCAGUCCCGACCACAAACCAUUGAGGAAUUCCAAUAAAAAAGCAGUGGUGCUUGAAUCACAUGAUAAUUUUAAUACAUUUUGUGAAACACUUCCAAACAAAGCACAAUCAAAAUCAACAGCUAAUCAGAAAUCGAAAGGUGAAGAAAGUUUGAAAUCGAAUCAUAAUAAAAAUAUACCCAAUCCAAUCAAUCAUAGUAAAGUUGCAAUUAAACCAGUAAAACAGAGAGGUGUUACUGACGAUGAAACUCUUCAAGAUGUUCCAAUGUAUAGUUCUUCAAAAGAAACAAAUACGAAAUCUCUUUCGAAAAGAGAAUCCACACAAAGUUUAAAAGUUUCUCUUAGUAUUGAUAAUUUAAAAAUACCUUCUAAAGCAGAGAUUGAUAACAGAAGCCGUCCAAAGUAUGAUAAUGAACGUAAUUGUAAAACAACAGAAGAAACAAUUGUCGAUAAAAAUAAGAAAGUGACAGGAAGUAGUAAAAAAUCUAUUAACCAAGUAAAAGAUCAUUCCAAAACUAAAAACUUCAAAGUAAAUAAAAGUAUUAGCUCAAAAAACUUAUCUUUGGAACUGGCUGUGAAUGAGCAAAGUAAUCAUCGUAAUAAUGUAACUAAUGAAUUGCCUUCUUCGAGAAAACAAAACCCUUCAAAAAUUCAAAAGAAUGAAUUGCACAACACAGCUAAAAGAAACUUCAAUAUGGAAAAUUCGCUGAUUCAAAAAAUUAAAACUGCCAUAUCAGAAAAAUUCAACCGUGAAAAUAGCAUUGAUAGUGUACACCUAACAAGUACAAACUUGGAACACAAUCCAGACUCCAAAGAUGACCCGUCCUCGAAAUCAAAAGUUUUACAAACUGAGGUAUCUAACCUAACUACAACACAGUGUAAGAGUAAAUUUACUGGUGCAGACAUGGACAGAACUUCAGGUAACUCAACUGCAGAGUAUGGAGAUGAAGAAAAUCUAAAAUGUAGAAUGGAUUAUACAAUAUCCAGUGAUGAUGAACCUUUAUCUAAUUUACAAAAAACCUAUCAACAAAGUGUGAAAACUGUCCUUUGUUCAAAAGACAACCUUCUCACCGAAGGCUUCUCACCACAUGAUCACAUUCAAAAUGAUGAUUUAGAAUCGGAAAAGGUGAAAAAUACAAACAAAGCACACCUUGACUCCGCAAAACCUGCAACCAAAACUGAACAGAUUAACUCUGCUAAUACACGUGAAGAUUUAAAAACUACUAAAAAGAGGGGUAGGAAACCUAAAAAAAAUAUAAUUGAAGCACCUAACAAUGACUCUGUUGUAAUAAACAAAGAGAAACACAAUGAGACAGCAUUUACAGAUCUGAACAAUCAUAAUACCACAAGUAAUAACUGUACGAUAACAGAGCAAUAUGAUGUAUGUAAUAAAAGCUUGAUAAAUGAUGUUGAUAGUCAUUCCACACCUAAAAGAAGAGGAAGGCCUCGAAAAAUAAAAAUGACUGAACUCACUACCACCUCAAACACAAAUGAAGUGUCGAACUGGUUUGAUCAAUACAGUAGUGAUAACGAGCUAUUAAUUUCAAUUUAUAGUGACGAAUUACAAAACAUUUUAGUUGGUGGUGUUUUUGAAAAAGGCCAAAAUAAUCUGAAAUCAUCAAGUCAAGAAAGAGGGGAAGUGACAGGAAUUGAUUGUUCCAAAAGAAGUUUGCAAAAACAACAAAGUUUUCAAGGCAAAGGUGAAUCCAGCCUGGUUUGUGGCAUUGUUCCUAAGAAAAGAAGAAGAAAAAGACUAUCAAAAUUGGAAAUCGAUUCUCAUGAAAGCUUUCCUGUUACACCUAUUUCCUCAGAAGACUGUAAAGUUUCUCAUAACGAGGAAGUCAAUUCUAAAUCAGAUGCAAAUGAAGCAACAUCGAGUGAUAUUAAUGAAGUAAAAGUACCAAAAAGAAGAGGAAGACCACCAAAAUCAAAAGUAGUUUUUCAGAGUACUCCUAAUGCAACUAACCAAUCAACUUGUAAGGAAGAUGUAAAUAGUAAACUGUGUAAUGAUAUACAGAAUAUCUCAAAUAUUGAAACUGACUGUGAUACUAGUGUUACUAAACUACCUAAAAAAAGAGGAAGGAAACCAAAACUACAACCAGAACUCAACAAUUCUAAAAGCUCGGAAAACCCUACUUGUUCUCCAAUGAGUGAAAAUAUUGAUACGGUCAGAGAACAAAUAUUGGAUUUUGAUAAAGAUGAAGUUGCCAAAAAAAGAGGUAGACCUAAAAGACAACCAGAAGUUUCUAAAAAUGAUACCAGUUGUAAUUUUGAAGGAAAAGACCACAAUGCUAGUCAAAAUAAUCUUACACCCGAAACUAAGAAAUUAAAAAGUAAAGAAAGAAGAACGACAAAAUUAACUUCAGAGGUCAAUGAUGAGGAAAAUAAAGAUAGUAAUGUAACAGACAUGAACUGUGAUGAAUCGGAAACUAGCGAACUACUCGGUACCGAUCUGAUCAUCAUAAAUGAAGAAAAAGUCGUUAGUAGUUCUAGAUCCUUGAAUAAUAAAACUAGGAGAUGUAGACAAAAGCCACCACAGAAAGUUGUCAGUGAAGGUGAUAAUUCUGAUAAUGGUGGACCCGAUGACUUACUAGUCUACGAUGAUUCUGAAGAUGAUGAGAGUUACAUCCAGCCAAAAAAACGCAGAAGAGCAAAAUCAAACAGAAAUAAUGUUGAUGGAGAAACUGUGCAGACGCCAGUCAAUAAAAAUAACAGUUAUAGUAAACCUGGACAGAGUAUUUACUUUAGAACAGAACACCAUGGUGAAGAUAAGAUAGUUUGUGGACUUUGUAAGAAAGAAAUGACCUACACUAAAUACAAGAGUCGACAUGCUGUGUUUAAACAUUAUAUGUUAUCAUGGAUUGAAGGAGUAGAGAGCCCUCCGGAUAUGACCAACAAGAAGGAGAUAGAGGGGAGGCUGUGGUACGCCAAGAAGCGCUUAAAAAAGACUCCGUUUCGCUGCCCUGGCUGUAACUUGCCCAAAUUGAGUGCUGUUGGCUACUACAGUCACAUUCUGUUCUGUGGCAAGGAUUGUGAGGAAAAGGACUCAUUGUUAGUGACAUGCAAGCUGUGUAAUGCAAGAAUGAUGCCAUCUAGUAUACAGGCUCACAACUAUGUCAAACAUAACAAAACUCAGCAGCCGUACGUUCCACAGAACACUGAAAACCAGCCUAGAGGACCAAGAGCUGCUGCUAAGAGGGCAACACAGGUUAUACAGAAGACCCAAGCUGAUAGCAAAGACACAGAUGGUCCUGGGUCUCGUGCCAACUCUCCUGAUAGGGCAUCACAGCUGAGACGCCUGUACCGCAAGCCUAGCAAAAUGGUGCCUGCUAAAGAAUACAACCGUUGGAAGGAAUCUCUUGCGGCCAAUCACGUAGUAGCCUGCACAAUGGAAGGGUGUAACUUUACUGCCGAAAACACAAUCGACUUCAGGAAACACCAUUUCUCCUGUCCUUUCAAACCACCUCGGUUUUAUCAAUGCCGACACUGUGAGUUCAAUUCUCUCAAGCAAGAGCAAAUGGUAGAUCAUGUCGAAGAGAACCAUCUUGAAGAGAAACUUGAUGGACUUCAAGGAUCAGAAGAUGAUUCUUCAGAGCCUAGUGGUGACGAUGAGGAGAAACCACCAAGAGCUGCUUACGCUAGUGGUUCUACACAACCCUUCAAGUUUCUAAGAUAUACAGCAUUUAGGCAACCAAGAAAUAUAAAAUCAAAGAUAAAACGACUCUACACACCGGCUCUAAAAUGGACUUAUAUGCAGAGACAGAGGAUGUUUGCUAAGGAGAUAUUGUAUCCUGAGGCUCAAUGUCAAACUGUGCCAGGAGCAUCUAUCAGCUCACAUCUGCCUGAGCUCACAGAGUCCAUCAGGUUCCAGGGCAGUGACGGAGUUUGGCAGAAGCUGCAGCGGUUCCAGGCCUCUGUACUUGAUGGUGUGGCAGUGUUGUUUGCUGGAGGGCCUGUCUGGGCUGUAUCCUGGGCCCCGAUACCUGACUAUGAGGAUCACCAGUAUCUAGCAGUAGCUACACACACCAAUGUGGAGUCCACCCAUGAGAUGUCCUCUUUGUACAACUACCCUGGUAUCAUCCAGAUCUGGUCACUUGGCACUAUUAAAAACACUACUCGUGAGGCAGUGUGUCCCCAUAUGGUGGUUGGUAUAGCCCAGAGACGGGGCCCUGUGUGGGGCCUAGCCUGGUGUCCAGCGGGGGUCUACACACAGGACAGGAUAGGACUGUUGGCUGCUGCUUGUGGUGACGGCAAUGUGGUAGUCUACGCUGUGCCACACAACACUAAUACCUCUGGAGACCCGAUGUCAAACUGUUUGUCUUUGAAGCCUGUUUGGGAGUUGAAGCUGGGAUGUGAGAUGAUGUCGCAGUGUACCUGCAUAGAUUGGCAUUCUGCGGCUCCACAUAGUGUCAUUGCUGGAGGUUUUGCCAAUGGGAUGGUGGCUCUUUGGGACCUUGCCACCACCUCUCCCCUACUCAAGUCUGGCUCUACCCUUCUACCUUUCAAGGUCAUUGAAGCCCAUCAAUCGGCAGUUAAAUCUGUCAAGUUGUCCUGCACGGAGGGAAUCGUCUAUAUGAUGUCAGCCUCUAUGGAUCGUACAGCUAAGUUCUGGAACCUUGACGACACCAGAGCUCCAGUCAGCUUUCUACGUAAGGCCUGUGUGACCGACGCAGUCAUGACUAACAACUGGCUCAUGUCUAUCAACUCUUAUGAUGACGUCUAUAGUCUGAACAACUCCCAUGUGACCGGAUGCACCUUCAGAGAUUUCUUCACGAGUGCCAACGCCAACUUUGUAAUGCAACCGGGCACAGUGUGGGGUCUCUCCUUCAAUGACUGGCUGAAUGGGUGUGCGUAUGCCAGUGAGAUGGGCAAAGUCAGCUCAUUCUUCCGCCAACAGCUUCUGGUCACUGAAGACUCCAAGAAAAUAAACAAAAGCGCAAUUAUUGAAGAUUUGGCUACAUGCACGGCUCAUUCUAUCAAAGACGACUCCGUCCUGACCAGAGGGUUUGGAACUAUGUACCGAGACUGUGUCUCCACUAUGGGACUCAAGUUUGAAUUUGGUGGAAAAUUAAAAGGAGGCAAGUCGACUGUUUGCAGCAGUGACAACAUGGACAGUUUCCCCAUCCGUUCAUUCAACACUGUAUCUUGGAACCAAAACAUGAACAGUUUCGUUUGGUUGGCCGCGGGUAUGCAGUGCGGUCUAGUGGUAGUUCCUCGAGUCAGUAGUCUUCACCCUAACGACCUGAUCGAACUGGAAAAGCUCAAAGAUAACCUAUAACACUGACUUUCCUGUGUAACAUAGCUGUAUAUAAAGUUUGUUAAUAUAUGUAUAAACAAUUUUAUAGAAGUGUUUAAGUUUAGUGAUUUGAAGUUGCAUUUGAAAUACAAUUUUUAACCUAGUUGGUAUCUUGACGUAUUUUUCUUAUAUGAAGCACAAGUUUUUAAGCAGUUAAUCCAUAGCUGUGUUUCUAUCUUGAUUAUAUGUUGUCAAAUUGUGCAUUAAUAAUUCAUCUAGACUGAAAGCGCAAGAAAAUUAGGAGAAAAAGUAUUGGCUACCUAUUAAAACUGGUUUUGUAUCCGUCAUAAUUUCUAGGCAUUUCGUUGAUUUGUUUUAGGGCUUUUACCCUCUGUGAAAUUGAAAUUAUAAGGUGUGAAAUUUGUUACCUCAAAAAUUAAGGCAAAUUACUUACAAAUUCAACUGAACUUAAGUGUUUAUGUCUAACUAUUCUAAACUUAUGCACCUCUAUUAUAUGUAGAUACAUUUUGUAAAGUAUUAAUGUAUAUAGAUUUAAACAGCAAUCUGAACCAAAAAUGAUAUCUUAACCCAUUCCUGACUGAGUUAUUUGUCAAGUGUCAUGCAGUUAGAACUGAGUAAAAAAGGGCCAAUGUACCAUGUUUUAGUAAAAAAUUCAUUAAAAAUAUAAUUUAUGAAAUAAAUGCCUAACACUUGUGCUUAAAUUGAUCUACAUAAAAUUUCCUUUCAUAUGACACUAAUUUUAAAUAACUAAUAUUUUUUUAGCAAUUUUCAAUACAUUAUGCAUUUUUAUAUAUGCAAACA